CGGCCACUAGAGUCCCUAUGUCUGCUGGCGCUUAUGUGUUUACCUCAACAGUCUGAACUGUGGAUGUGCACAAACCAUAAUUCAGACAUAAGCAAACUAUUCCGGAAAUACAAAUGUAACAGCCCUUGUUCUGUAUAUUUGACGAGUUAACACGGCCUUGCAUUGGUGCUACAUUUCAAAAAAGUUUUAAAUGAAUAAAGAGAUGAUGUCACGAGUGAUGAAGAAACGGCAGGCUGACCCCAAUGUGGUUCAGCACGUGUGGUCCGCCAUUGAAGUCAUCCGCAAUCAAAAGCAGAUUGCAAACAUGGACAGGAUCUCCAAGUACCUGAGCCGCGUGUUCGGCGUGCACCCGAAGGAGACGGCACGGCAGCUCAACCUUGCGGUGAAGGAUGGGCUAGUGGUGGAGACCCUCACUGUGGGGUGCAAGGGUUCCAAGGCUGGCAUUGAACAAGAGGGGUACUGGCUCCCUGGAGACGAGGUGGACCCGGAAGCUGAAGAAAGAAAGGAUUGGGAGGCCGAGAGUCACGACUGGUACUGCUUUGAGUGCCACCUGCCUGGUGACGUGCUGACAUGUGACAACUGCUUCCGUGUCUACCACCUCAAGUGUUUGUCCGAGGAAUACAAGCCUCGGGAUGGAGGAGCCCACUGGCAGUGUGCAGUGUGCAAGGGGAGUAAAAAGAAGAUCCUGAAUAAGCAGGAAAUGGGCAGGUAUCUGCGAUUCAUCGUUCAGCGUAUGAAGGAGAGGGCUGUUGAUCUGAACAAGAAAGGCAAAGACACCAAGCAUCCAAUGUACAGAAGGCUAAUCCACACUGCUCUGGAAGUGUCCAACAUACAGGAGAAUGUCACCGAAGGAAAGUACAAGAACUUUGAUGAGUUCAAAGCUGAUGCCAAGCUGAUUGUACACAACACGGCCAUUCUGUUCGGAGUGCACAGUGACCAAGCUGAGAUAGCAAGAUUGCUGUACAGCGAUACUUGUCAUGAGCUGAAUGAGCUCCAGCUCUGUAAAAACUGUUUUUACCUGUCCAACGCUCGGCCUGAUAAUUGGUUCUGCUACCCUUGUGCACCCAGCCAUGAGCUGGUUUGGGCUAAGAUGAAAGGGUUUGGAUACUGGCCUGCAAAGGUUCUGCAGAGAGAGGAGAACCAGGUGGACGUGAGGUUCUUCGGUCACCAACAUCAAAGGGCGUGGAUCCCAGCGGAGAACACUCAGGACAUCCAGGUGAGCGCACAGCAGCUCCAGGUGAAGAGGAGCACGGGCUGGAAGAAGGCUUGCGAGGAGCUAGAGCUCCACCAGCGCUUCCUGCGGGAGGGAAGGUUCUGGAAGAGUAAGAAUGCCCCUGAGGAACCGCAUGAGGAAGAGGCAGAGUCAGGCAUCUCCUCCACAAGCAAUGAGCAAGUGAGACACCACCCGUCUCCCAAUAUUAUCAAUGACCAGCUCAAAGUCAGCCAGGAGCCCAAACCCAAGAGAGGCCGGCGCAGUCAGAACCCCGAGCCCAAAGAGGAGGUGUGUUGCGUGGACGAGGACCCUGAGCCCGAAAUGGAGGCGGUCAGCUCCAGCCAGGAGAUCCCCUCCAUGCCCCAUCAGCCAGAAAAGCUGUCAGUCUCCACCCAGACCAAGCGGGCUAGCGUGGCUUCCCCACGAACCCUGCACCGCUCUACCCAGACCAGCAGCGACGGCACCUGCCAAAAUAAGUGCCAUGAGAAAUACACCAAGAUCUUCAGUGACGUGAAGGAGAUGAUGAAAGCCGACAACAAGCGCGAGACCGAGCGGGUGGUCAGGGAGGCCCUGGAGAAGUUGCGGACGGAGAUGGAAGAGGAGAAGAGGCAGGCGGUGACAAAGGCAGUCUCCAGCGUCCAGGCAGAGAUGGAGCGAAAAUGCAAACAGGUGAAGGAGAAGUGCAAGGAGGAGCUAGUGGAGGAGGUGAAGAAGAUGGUGUCACAGCACAAACAGCUCAUCUCCCAGACCAAGAAGAAACAGUGGUGCUACAACUGCGAGGAGGAGGCCAUGUACCACUGCUGCUGGAACACCUCCUACUGCUCCAUCAAAUGCCAGCAGGAGCACUGGCACGCUGACCACAAACGCACCUGCCGCAGGAAGAGAUGAAGGCUCCGCCCCCACCCCGCCCUGUCCUGCCCAGCCCAACCCUCCGUCUGCUCUGUGAACACACACUGUUUCCCCCAUUAAUCCCAUUUGCACCUGUCUUUCAAACAACAGAAUCUCUGCAUCGUGCUCGAGGACUUCUGUUUCCCCUCUCUCUGUUUCUCUCUCAUCCUCCAUCUCUUUCUCCAUUUUUUUUACCUCCAUCUCUGUAUAAAUUCUUCACAAAAAUCACAGUAAGAACUUGAUGCAGCCAUGGCUGGAACACAGUGUUUUUUUUCCCUGUCUUAUGAUCGAAGUGAUAAUUCUACCUGUUGAUGAAAGUGUUAUUUAAGAGUGUAGCUAAAGGUUAGCAUUACAAAAAAGCAUAUUAUCUACAUUUUGCAACAGUACAGGUCUACCUAAAUUUUAAUUUUAACCUUCAAAAAAUAUGCAUAAAUGAGGUUUAUAUAUAUACAUGACUGUGUUUCUGUAUGUGUGUAUUUACACACAGUAUACACAUAUACAUAUACUGUAUUUACACACAUACGUACACACACACCCAUAAGGGUUUUAAAGAUGAAACAGGGAUUUUAAAUCCUAUAUUGCUUUAAAAGCAGUAACGAUGGUAUGAGGUAUAAUGAAAGGAUUUUUUGUUUGUCCAAUUCUCAAAGAAUAUUGUAUCAUCUUCCUUUAGUCUUUCCAUGACUGAUUUUGGGAACAGGGUUAUGAUGUCAGGUUUCAAACCUGAUUAAAAGGAAAUAAUGACUUUUAUUAUGCACAUUUGGUUCCUUCUAAAAUAUGCUGUCAUUUUUAUGGGGAAAAAGUUAGAGUUGGCCAUUUUUUAGGGUACACAGUUCUGGAGAAUAUAGACAUCUUUGCUGAGCUGGAUCUUGGAUGGGGUUGAAAUAUUUUAGCUACUCUUUCUUUUCAACAUUUGCACAUUGUUUAUUUCCCAAACCCAGAAACGGCCAAAAUGCUACCUUUGUUUAAUCUAUCAGAAAAGAAAUGCUAAGUGAUUAUUUUUCUUGUUAUGUGGCGGUGGGGGGGGGGGGGGGGGGGUGGGGGGGGCGGGGGGGGUUGGGGGGGGGCGUGGUCAUUAGUGUCAUUGUUACUGUGAUAUUUACAGUGUGAUGUACUGGGACACUUGGGUAUGGGACAUGGGGACAGCUAUUUCCCCCACUGUUUUCUUGUAGUUUAGUAAGACAGUGCCUGUUAUAUGAGCACCAUCAUUGUACUUAGCAUGGUGAUUACAGUUUGAAUAUGCCACAACAGAAUUUUAAAAAAAUUCCUGGUUGAAAAGGCAGGCAGGUUUGGAUGGACCAAUAUAAAAUAUGACCCAUUUUUAUUACCUUUUUUAAAUUAUGUUAAGUAAAAUGUAAUGUUAAUUAAGCAUUUAUAAACGGGGGUGUUUUCCCCCUUUUUAUUUUGUUUUUUAAGAUGAAUACAAGUGGCAAUGUAAUUGCCAGUUUUAUUUUGUUGAAAAAUAGUAAGAUUAGCCUGCUUCCUGAAAUUGGAGUCAGCAUGCAGGCUCAGGAGAUGGCACACUCCCCUGCAGGCGAGUUAGCCAGGGAGCUGGAGCAGUUAUGCUUCUCAGCUUAGCUGCCCAUUCGUUCGUUCUCAUCUCUCGCUCGGUGUGUGUUUGACUUGUUUUUAUUCACAUAAUCAUUGCACUACAUGUAAAUAAAGAAAAAAGCUUUUGUUCCAUUUUUUUCCAAUAGCAAGUCAUUUCAAUGUCAAGCCACUGUGCCAGUCUUAUUGUGAAUGCGAAGUGUAAAUGCUUAUUUUUCAGUUUCUCAUCAUACGUGGGCCAGAAGAACACAGUUGUCCUGUGGUUGAGAUCACAGUUGCAAAGUGUCUUUUGUGUCAAUAUGUAAAACACCACUGACUCUUAUGUAAGGGCAACAGAACCUGUACAUUCUUGAAUGUACAGUACUAACCACAACUUAUUUUAUAUUUGUCCAUCCCUUGUAAAAAUGACUAUUUGUGCUAUUCUCUGAAGUGGAAAUAUUUUGAUGUAUAAUCAUUCCAGUCUAACACAUUGCUGGUACUUGCAUGAAAGUAUGUAUGCGUGUGUGUGUGUGUGUGUGUGUGUGUAUGCGUGACCACGCAUGUGUACAUUUUGAUUUUCCCCCAUAUGUUCUCAUCAACAUUGCACUUCUUGAAAUGAUGCAAUAUAAAAAUUAUUUUUAAAAAGUUGCCGGAAGGUUAUUUGACUUUUUUUUUAAAGCUUAAUUGAUGGAUAAAUGGAUUGUUUGUAGUGAAAAGAGAUUACGAAUUCUUGACUAAAUGGAGAGAUUGUUUCCUGUCAGUGGAAUUCUUGGCUGUCCAUAUGUACAUUAUUACUGUGGCUUUCAGUUUUCUAUGCUCUUCCAUUUUUUAAAAUGCUUUGGCUAGCAUUAUAUAAAGGUAUUCUAUGUGCUAACAUGGAACAAUAAAUGUAACUUCGACAAAUUA